AUGACUGUGUUUCUCAUGCGCCCAUUCGUUCUGCUCCCCUCUGCCCACUGCAGGGCCCUUUGCGGGCAGCCCAGGCUCAGGCGUCUUCCCGGGAGUGGCCCGGCUGCUGCCGGCUCUGUACCUUGCCCCGGUUUCCCGGAGCCCCGGGAGGAAGCUCCUUUUGUUUGCUCGGCCACAAUCGCGUUUCUCUGCUUGUUCCUGCUGCGGGGAGGCGGCGGCGCUGCGGGACCCCGCGCGGGUCUGGGAGCGUCGGCUCGGGGCGGCUGCCGCUGCUGCGUGCCUCAGUUUCCCUGCCCCGAGGGAGGGCCCUGGGCCCCCGCCCCUUCGUGGGCCGGACGGGGCCGACCCCAGUGCGGGUCCUGUCCGGGAGGCAGCCCCGGUUCGGCCACUCCCGCAACCGGCGUCCCGCAAGCCGCAGGCACCGCGCAGCCCCCAGCCAUGGAAGCCACCGCCUCUCUGCUGGACGCUGCGGCCGUCGGGGAUCUGGUGAUGCUGGACCCGCUCAGCGAGGAAGCCCUGCUCCGCACCCUGCAAGAGCGCUUCAGCCGCGAGGAGAUCUACACGUACAUUGGGGAGGUGGUGAUCUCAGUGAACCCCUACAAACCAUUGCCCAUCUACACCCCCGAGAAGGUGGAGGAGUACCACGACUGCAACUUCUUUGCCGUGAAACCCCACAUCUACGCCAUUGCUGAUGAUGCGUAUUGCUCGCUGCGGGACCGGGAUCAGGACCAAUGCAUCCUCAUCACUGGUGAAAGUGGAGCUGGCAAGACAGAGGCCAGCAAGCUGGUGAUGUCCUAUGUGGCGGCCGUGAGCAGCAAAGGGGAGGAGGUGGACAAAGUGAAGGAGCAGCUGCUGCAGUCCAACCCUGUGCUGGAGGCCUUUGGGAAUGCCAAAACCAUCCGCAACGACAAUUCCUCCCGAUUUGGCAAAUACAUGGAUGUGGAGUUCGACUUCAAGGGAGAUCCUCUGGGAGGGGUCAUCAGUAACUAUCUGCUGGAGAAAUCCCGCAUCGUCCACCACGUGAAGGGCGAGAGGAAUUUCCACAUCUUCUACCAGCUGCUGGCGGGGGGCUCAGCACAGCUGCUCCAGAAGCUGAAGCUGCGCCCGGACUGCAGCCACUACGGUUACCUGAACCGUGAGAAGUCAGUGCUGCCCGGCAUGGAUGAUGCCGCCAACUUCCGUGCCAUGCAGGAUGCCAUGGCGAUCAUUGGCUUCACACCCGCCGAGGUGACGGCGCUGCUGGAGGUGACGGCCGUGGUGCUCAAACUGGGCAACGUGGAGCUGAGCAGCUGCUUCCAGGCCAGCGGGAUGGAGGCGUCCAGCAUUGCUGAGCCACAGGAGCUGCAGGAGAUCAGCCAGCUGGUCGGGCUGGACCCCAGCACUCUGGAGCAGGCGCUGUGCUCACGCACUGUGAAGGUGCGGGAUGAGAGCGUGCUGACUGCGCUCAGCGUCUCCCAGGGCUACUACUGCCGUGAUGCGUUGGCCAAGAACAUCUACAGCCGUCUGUUCGACUGGCUGGUGGACCGCAUCAACACCAGCAUCAGGGUGAAGCCAGGUGAGCAGAGGAAGGUGAUGGGAGUCCUGGAUAUCUACGGCUUCGAGAUCUUCCAGGACAACGGCUUCGAGCAGUUCAUCAUCAACUACUGCAAUGAGAAGCUGCAGCAGAUCUUCAUCCUGAUGACGCUGAAGGAGGAGCAGGAGGAAUACGUCCGGGAGGGCAUCCAGUGGACCCCAGUGGAGUUUUUCGACAACAGCAUCAUCUGCGACCUCAUUGAGAACAGCAAGGUGGGGAUCCUGGCCAUGCUGGACGAGGAGUGCCUGCGGCCCGGCACCGUGAACGAGGACACCUUCAUCACCAAGCUGAACCAGAUCUUCGCCUCCCACAAACACUACGAGAGCAAAGAGACUCUGAACGCCAAACACGUCACUGACAUCAGCCUGCCGCUGCGCUGCUUCCGCAUCCACCACUAUGCUGGGAAGGUGACCUACAACGUGACAGGCUUCAUCGAGAAGAACAACGACCUGCUGUUCCGUGACCUGUCCCAGGCCAUGUGGGCCGCCCAGCACACACUGCUGCGCUCCCUCUUCCCCGAGGGCGACCCCCAGAGACCCUCCCUCAAACUGCCCCCCACCACCGGCUCCCAGUUCAAGGCAUCCGUGGCGACGCUGAUGAAGAACCUCUACACCAAGAACCCCAACUACAUCAGGUGCAUCAAGCCCAACGACACCAAGACGGCAAUGCUCUUCACUCCCGAUCUGGUGCUGGCCCAGGUGCGCUACCUGGGGCUGAUGGAGAACGUGCGGGUACGGCGUGCAGGCUACGCCUUCCGCCAGCUCUACCAGCCCUUCCUGAAGCGCUACAAGAUGCUGAGCAGCAGGACCUGGCCCCACUGGAUGGGCAAUGACAGGGAGGGCACUGAGGUGCUGCUGGCGGAGCUGCAGUUCCCCCCCGAGGAGCUGGCAUACGGCCACACCAAAAUCUUCAUCCGCUCACCGCAAACUCUCUUCGACCUGGAGAAGCGGCGCCAGCAGCGCGUGGCCGAGUUGGCCACCCUCAUCCAAGCGACGUUCCGCGGUUGGCGCUGCAGGAAGCAGUACCAGCAGAUGCGCAAGAGCCAAAUCCUCAUCUCCGCAUGGUUCCGCGGCCACGCGCAAAGGAACCGGUACAAGCAGAUGAAGCGCUCGGUGCUGCUGCUGCAGGCGUACGCGCGGGGCUGGAAGGUGAGCGCUGUGCGCCACGCAGGCGUUCGGGGCCACGCUCCGGGGCAGCGAUGCAGUGCCGGGGGGCGUCCUGCUCCCCCCAGGACCGUCUCACCCCAUCUCCCUCCAUCUCUCCUGCCUUUCUCCCUUUCUCUCCCUCUCGCUCGCUAUGCGUGUUGGUGUUUCCCCCUCCUCCUUUGGGCUCUUUGGGUUCUGGCUGUCCCUCUGCAGUCCCGCCGGCUCCUUCGGGAGCUGAAGGUUCAGCGCCGCCGCCAUUUGGCCGCCAGCACCAUUUCUGCUUACUGGAAAGGGUAUCAGACCCGCAGGAUGUACCGCCGCUAUUUCCGCUCCAACGCCCGCAUGCGUCUGUCCAACUUCAUCUACCGGCGGAUGGUGAGCAGCGAUGGGAUCAGCGCCUCCCCGCCUCCCCGGGGCUGUGCCCAGGGACCCGGCCCACCCUUUGUGCCCCCCGCCCAGGUGCAGAAAUACCUCAUAGGGCUGCGGAAUAACCUCCCCCCGAUGGCGGUGCUGGACCGGACCUGGCCUCCCGCGCCCUAUAAAUUCCUGUCCGACGCCAACCAGGAGCUGAAGGGCAUCUUUUACCUCUGGAAGUGUAAGAAGUACCGGGAGCAGCUCUCCCCGCAGCAGCGCGCCGUGCUGCAGGCCAAGCUGUGCGCCAGCGAGCUGUUCAAGGACAAGAAGGCGCUGUAUGCACACAGCCUGCAGCAGCCCUUCCGUGGUGAGUACCUGGGCCUGACGCAGAACCGCAAGUACCAAAAGCUGCAGGCAGUGGCCAAGGAUAAGCUGGUGAUGGCCGAGGCGGUGCAGAAGGUGAACAGAGCCAACGGGAAGAAGGUGCCGCGGCUGCUGCUGCUCACCACUGAGCACCUGGUGCUGGCCGACCCCAAAGCAGCACAGCCCAAACUGGUGCUCAGCCUCAGCGACAUCCGCGGAGCCUCCGUCAGCCGCUUCUCCGACGGGCUGCUGGCGCUGCACCUCAAGGAGACGUCCGCUGCUGGCGGCAAAGGUGACCUCCUGCUGGUGAGCCCCCACCUCAUCGAGCUCGUCACCCGCCUGCAUCAGACCCUGAUGGACGCCACCGCGCAGGCGCUGCCGCUGAGCAUCGUCGACCAGUUCUCCACGCGGUUCCCGAAGGGCGACGUGGCCGUCACCGUGGUGGAGUCGGCCAAAGGCAGCAGCGACGUCCCGGUCUGCAAGAAGCGCGGCAGCCACAAGAUGGAGAUCCUGGUUCACUGAGCGGGAGGGGGGGGGGGCCGGGGGUCCACCGCACCCCCUGCACCGCACGGGAACUGCUGCCGUCCCGUGAAAUGUGUUCCGGUGUCCCAUUAAACUGCUGCCGUCCCAUUACACAUGUUCCGGUGUCCGUACGUGGGGGCUGUCAUGUGGAGGUGCCCCCCUUCCCUGCUGCAUGUCAGGAUUGGGAGUAGGAUGCGGCACAGAGCGCAGCACAGCACAGAGCCCCCCGAGCCCCCCCAGGCUCUUUCCCUGUCGCCUGAUUGC